AUGGACAACCCCCCGGAUCUGGUGCAGACCUGUUCAGACCCCCGGAUCUGGUGCAGACCUGUUCAGACCCCCGGAUCUGGUGCAGACCUGUUCAGACCCCCCGGAUCUGGUGCAGACCUGUUCAGACCCCCCGGAUCUGGUGCAGACCUGUUCAGACCCCCCGGAUCUGGUGCAGACCUGUUCAGACCCCCCGGAUCUGGUGCAGACCUGUUCAGAACCCCCGGAUCUGGUGCAGACCUGUUCAGACCCCCCGGAUCUGGUGCAGACCUGUUCAGACCCCCGGAUCUGGUGCAGACCUGUUCAGACCCCCCGGAUCUGGUGCAGACCUGUACAGACCCCCCCCCGGAUCUGGUGCAGACCUGUUCAGACCCCCCGGAUCUGGUGCAGACCUGUACAGACCCCCCCCCGGAUCUGGUGCAGACCUGUUCAGACCCCCCGGAUCUGGUGCAGACCUGUUCAGACCCCCGGAUCUGGUGCAGACCUGUUCAGACCCCCGGAUCUGGUGCAGACCUGUUCAGACCCCCCGGAUCUGGUGCAGACCUGUUCAGACCCCCCGGAUCUGGUGCAGACCUGUUCAGACCCCCCGGAUCUGGUGCAGACCUGUUCAGACCCCCGGAUCUGGUGCAGACCUGUACAGACCCCCCCCGGAUCUGGUGCAGACCUGUUCAGAACCCCCCGGAUCUGGUGCAGACCUGUUCAGACCCCCCGGAUCUGGUGCAGACCUGUACAGAACCCCCGGAUCUGGGGCAGACCUGUACAGACCCCCCGGGAUCUGGUGCAGACCUGUUCAGACCCCCGGAUCUGGUGCAGACCUGUUCAGACCCCCGGAUCUGGUGCAGACCUGUUCAGACCCCCCCCCGGAUCUGGUGCAGACCUGUUCAGACCCGGUGCCUGCUGCCUCGUCUCUUUGAGUUGAUAAGGAUCCCCGAGCCCUGA